AUGUCAGGCUGGACUUACAACGCCCCGAGCGGCUCGCCAACCGAUGGCCCUCAAAUCACGUCCAUCGCUGUCGUAUUCACAGCUGUUGCGCUCCUUACGGUUCUCUUGAGAGUUUACGUCAGAGGGUUUAUGCUCAAGUCGGUGGGAGCUGAUGACUGGAUCAUCAUCGCGACAUGGAUCGCGAGCUGCGGGUUCGCUGUUGUUACAGUGAUACAAACGAAAUGGGGACUCGGAUUGAAGAAACUCGAUGACUUGCCUCAGCAAAACUACUACAACUUCAUGCUGCUACAAUUCAUGGGCGCGCCAUUUUACAUCUCUAGUAUCUUAGGGUUCAAGCUCAGCCUUUUGAUCUCGUACUUGAGGUUCAUGGCCUCAGGAAUCUGGUACAAAGUCACUUUCGGCGUUGCUGUUGCCUGCACGUUGUUCCAUAUUUCGUUCUUGAUUGCGCAGAUUAACCUCUGUACACCUGUUCGAAAACAAUGGGAUUUGAGCAUUACACACGGUUCUUGUCUCAAAGGCGUGCCUAUGUACACCACCAUGGCCUCAAUCACCAUCGUAUUUGAUGUCGUCGUCAUGAUGCUCCCUUUCCCGACAUUACUCAAGCUCCAGAUGCCGAACCGCAAGAAAGUCGUCCUUCUCGGUCUUUUCGCCAUGGGGAUCUUCAUCUCCAUCAUCCAAAUCGUCCGCAUCCAGACCAUAAAAUCCCUCUCCAACCUCCUCGACUCCGCAGGCCUCAUCAAAUGGUCAAUGGUCGAGAACAACCUCGGAAUAAUCGUCGCCUGCGUCCCGACCCUCGCCCCUCUGGUGCGCUACUUCAGCGAGCAGUCCCGCGUCGGGAGUCGCAGCCGCAGCAAGUCACAGAACAAUUCCGGUUACGCGUUGCAGUCGACCUACCGCAAGAACCUUUCCCGAAGAAGCGGACUGCAACCUUUGGGUAGUGGGGUUGAUGAGCAGAUUGGUGAUAGUGCAGAGGACAUUUUGGCCAAGGAGGAUGGAAUCAUGCGCAAGACAGAAAUUGUGAUUAGUUCAGCUCAGGGACCGGCGGAUAGGGGAGAGCUCACUCCGGGACACUAUCAUGGGAGGUAG